AUGGUACCCUUAUGCAAGACCCAUCCAUUUCAUUUACCUAACAAACACAAGGCCAUAUAUCAGUUUUCUGUCCAACAACUCAUUCAACAUAUGCAUUCUCUUUCAAAUACUCACUACAGAGUAGCUAUAGGAGUAUUGAAAUAUCUCAAAUCUUCUCCUAUAUUAGACAUUUUUCUGUCUACAAAUUUUGCCCUCCCACUGAAGGGCGUUUCUGACUCAGACUGGGAAACCUACCCUGAUACACGUAGAUCAGUAAGCGGGUUUUUCAUAUUUCUUGGAGACUCUCAAAUCUCAUGUAAAUCAAAUAAGCAAGCCAUCAUUUCUCGCAGUUCCUCAGAAGUCGAGUACAGAGCCAUGGUCACUGCAGUCUAUGAAAUAUAG